AGGAGACGUGUCGGGGGGCAGACGCAGGGAGGCAGGCGUUAGAUAACUCUCCGGAACAGCACGGAGAGAGGCCCUCUGAGGAGCAGGCAGGGACAACGGGGCGGGACAGCUGAGCCUCUUCAAGAGGGAGCGAGAGAAGGGAACGGCGGGCGAGAGCCAGAGACUGUCAAGAGCCCAGGAGGAAGGGUCCAGAGGCAGUGAGGGAAGGCCAGGACCAGGGCCAAGGCCAGGCCGGGCACGAGCGCAGAGGGGAUGAACUUCACGGUGGGUCUCAAGCCGCUGCUCGCGGAUGCGCACAGCAUGGACAACCUGGAGAAGCAGCUCAUCUGCCCCAUCUGCCUGGAGAUGUUCUCCAAGCCGGUGGUGAUCCUGCCCUGCCAGCACAACCUGUGCCGCAAGUGCGCCAAUGACGUCUUCCAGGCCUCGAACCCGCUGUGGCAGUCGCGCAGCUCCAGCACGGUGUCCUCGGUGUCCUCGGGAGGCCGUUUCCGCUGUCCGUCCUGCAGGCACGAGGUCGUCCUGGACCGCCACGGCGUCUACGGGCUGCAGCGGAACCUGCUGGUGGAGAACAUCAUCGACAUCUACAAGCAGGAAUCGUCGCGGCCGCUGCACUCCAAGGCCGAGCAGCACCUCAUGUGUGAGGAGCACGAGGACGAGAAGAUCAACAUCUACUGCCUGAGCUGCGAGGUGCCCACCUGCUCGCUCUGCAAGGUCUUCGGUGCCCACAAGGACUGCGAGGUGGCCCCACUGCCCACCAUUUACAAACGCCAGAAGAGUGAACUCAGCGACGGCAUCGCGAUGCUGGUGGCGGGCAAUGACCGUGUGCAGGCAGUGAUCACGCAGAUGGAGGAGGUGUGCCAGACGAUCGAGGACAACAGCCGCCGGCAGAAGCAACAGCUCAACCAGAGGUUCGAGACUCUGUGCGCGGUGCUGGAGGAGCGGAAGGGGGAACUGCUGCAGGCGCUGGCCCGCGAGCAGGAAGAGAAGCUGCAGCGCGUGCGCGGCCUCAUCCGCCAGUACGGGGACCACCUGGAAGCGUCUUCCAAGCUGGUGGAGACGGCCAUCCAGUCCAUGGAGGAGCCGCAGAUGGCGCUCUACCUCCAGCAAGCGAAGGAGUUGAUCAAUAAGGUCGGCGCGAUGUCCAAGGUGGAGCUGGCAGGGCGGCCGGAGCCGGGCUACGAGAGCAUGGAGCAGUUCUCCGUGGGCGUGGAGCACGUGGCCGAGAUGCUGCGGACCAUCGACUUCCAGCCGGGGGCCUUCGGAGACGACGACGACGACGACGCGGCUCUGGACGCGGAAGACUGCGGCGCGGGGCCCGAGGAAGAGCGGCUGGACGCGCCCGAAGGCCUGCACUGAGCCGCGCCCUGUGCGGGACCCCGCGUCCCCAGGGCCGGGCGCUCUGCGCUGAGACCACGCGCCUCUCCCUCGGGGUUCAAUAAAAGGCCGAACGCGAC